AUGGCCUCAACUUCAGUUCCCUCCACCUUACGUUUCUGCACAAAUUCCACUCCAUUUCUCCCUGCACCCAACAUUGCUCAUGAAUCUGGCCUAACAAUCAAGCUGCAGCGCCAUGCAAAUUUCUCACUCAAUAUUUCACAACCAAUACAUUUCCCUAACCUUUUCACCAAAACAACCCACGCGGCGGCGGUGGCCUGCUGCACCAACGAUGACACGGGGCCUCGAGAGGACUACAGAGCUCUUGAAACAGUGCUAAAGCUCUACGAAGCAAUCAAAAAUAAAAAUGUUAAUCAACUCUCAGAUAUAAUAUCAGAAGAAUGCUCGUGCAUUUCCAACUUUGUGUCCGCCUUCCAACCUUAUCUUGGUAAGAAGCAAGUCAUGGUUUUCUUCUCAUCUCUAAUGAAAUACUUGGGGAAUAACAUUGAAAUCGUGGUGCAAAAGACAUCGGAUGAAGGGAUGGUGGUUGGUGUAUCCUGGAAACUAGAGUGGAAUAAGGCACCCUUGCGUCUCGGGAAAGGUUUCAGCUUCUAUACAUGCCAUGUUUACCACGGAAAGGUGAUGAUAAGGAAUGUGGAGAUGUUCCUGGAGCCUAUACUUCACAUGGAGCCACUAAGACUGGAACUGAUAACUCUGGUGAUGGCUGCCAUAGACAAGCUUAAUCCCCAGUUAAGGUUGAAGAAGAGGGCCAGAAAAGCAGUAAUUAUCUUGUUCACCCUUCUCUUCCUGGCUGCACUUGUACGUUCAUUCAAAUAACAGACCACGUCACCAACAACCCCAUGCUUCUGCAUUUA